UAUGCACUCACUAAUGCCUCCAACAAUAACUGUUGACUUUUUAUUUUGUAGUCAGAGAAGCCUGGCAACCGAAAACUAGUUUUUCACUGGGUUUACGAGAACUGAACUGAAUUGGAAAAUAUUUGCUUUAAUGAAACAAUUUACUCUUGUGCAACAUUAAAUAUGUCAAUCAAGCAAAUAAAGGAAGAAAACCUUCUUUAUAAAAUUGCCUACUUCGGACUUCACUUCAUUGCUUCUCAGGCUCCAGGAGGAGGAAAAAAAUGAAGAUUUUGAUGCUUGGUAUUUUUCUGUUUUUUUAUAGCACCCAAGCCUGGGCGAAAGAUAAGCAUUAUUACAUUGGAAUUAUUGAAACAACCUGGAACUACGCCCCUGACAAUGGGGAAAAGAAACUUAUUUCAGUUGACACGGAACAGUACAACAUCUACCUUCAAACUGGCACAGAUAGAAUUGGGAGGAUAUACAAGAAGGCCCUUUAUCUUCCGUAUACAGAUGAAACCUUUACGACGACUAUGGAAAAGCCAGUCUGGCUAGGAUUUUUAGGCCCUAUUAUCAAAGCUGAAACUGGACAGAAAGUUUAUGUACACUUAAAAAACUUUGCCUCUCGGCCCUACACUUUUCAUGUACAUGGAGUGACUUACUAUAAGGAACAUGAGGGGGCCAUUUACCCUGAUAACACCACGGAUUUUCACAGGGCAGAUGACAAGGUGUAUCCAGGACAGCAGUAUACAUACAUGUUGCAUGCCACUGAAGAACAAAGUCCUGGUGAGGGAGAUAGCAAUUGUGUGACUAGGAUUUACCAUUCCCACAUUGAUGCUCCAAAAGAUAUUGCCUCAGGACUCAUCGGACCUUUAAUAGUCUGUAAACAAGAUUCUCUGGAUGAUGAAAAAGAAAAAAAUAUUGACCAAGAAUUUGUGGUGAUGUUUUCUGUGGUGGAUGAAAAUCUCAGCUGGUACCUGGAAGACAACAUUAAAACCUACUGCACUGAGCCAGAGAAAGUUGAAAAAGACAAUGAAGACUUCCAGGAGAGUAACAGGAUGUAUUCUGUGAAUGGAUACACUUUUGGAAGUCUCCCAGGCCUCUCCAUGUGUGCAGAAGACAGAGUGAAAUGGUAUCUUUUUGGGAUGGGUAAUGAAGUUGAUGUGCAUGCAGCUUUCUUCCAUGGACAAACAUUGACUAACAAGAAUUACCGUAUUGAUACAAUCAAUCUCUUUUCUGCUACCCUUGUUGAUGCUUUGAUGGUGGCCCAGAGCCCUGGAGAAUGGAUGCUUAGCUGUCAGAAUCUAAACCAUCUGAAAGCUGGUUUGCAGGCCUUUUUCCAGGUCCAGGACUGUAACAAGUCUCCAUCAAAGGAUGACAUAUCUGACAAACAGGUUAGACACUACUACAUUGCUGCUGAGGAAAUCAUCUGGAACUAUGCUCCCUCCGAUAUAGACGUCUUCACAAAAGAAAACUUAACAGCACCUGGAAGUGACUCAGAGGUAUUUUUUGAACAAGGUGCUACAAGAAUUGGAGGCUCUUAUAAAAAGCUGGUUUAUCGUGAGUACACAGAUGCCUCCUUCACAAAUCGAAAGCAGAGAGGCCCUGAAGAGGAGCAUCUUGGCAUACUGGGUCCUGUCAUUUGGGCAGAGGUGGGAGAUACCAUCAGAGUCACCUUCCAUAACAAAGGAACACAUCCCCUCAGUAUUGAGCCGACUGGGGUGAGAUUCAGCAAGAACAACGAGGGUACAUACUAUGCGCGGCAUUCCAACUCCCGGAGUGGAAGUGUACCUCCUUCUUCAGCCUCCCAUGUGGCACCCAAAGAAACAUUCACAUACGAAUGGACUGUUCCCAAAGAAGUAGGACCCACUUAUGCAGAUCCUGUGUGUCUAUCUAAGAUGUAUUAUUCUGCUGUGGAUCCCACCAAAGAUAUAUUCACUGGGCUUAUUGGGCCAAUGAAAAUAUGCAAGAAAGGAAGUUUACAUGAAAAUGGAAGACAGAAAGAUGUAGAUAAGGAGUUCUAUUUGUUUCCCACAGUAUUUGAUGAGAAUGAGAGUUUACUCCUGGAUGAUAAUAUUAGAAUGUUUACAACUACACCUGAUCAGGUGGAUAAGGAAGAUGCAGACUUUCAGGAAUCUAACAAGAUGCACUCCAUGAAUGGAUUCAUGUAUGGGAAUCUGCCUGGUCUCAGUAUGUGCCAAGGAGACUCGGUGGUGUGGUACUUAUUCAGUGCUGGAAAUGAGGCUGAUGUACAUGGGAUAUACUUUUCAGGAAACACAUAUCUGUCAAGAGGAGAAACGAGAGACACAGCAAACCUCUUCCCUCAAACAAGCCUUACACUGCUCAUGCGACCUGACACGGAAGGGACUUUUAACGUUGAGUGCCUUACAACUGAUCACUAUACGGGUGGCAUGAAGCAAAAAUACACUGUGAACCAAUGCAGGCGGCUGUCUGAGCAUUCCACCUUGUACCGCAGAGAGAAGACCUACUACAUCGCAGCAGUGGAGGUGGAAUGGGAUUAUUCCCCAAGCAGGAAAUGGGAAGAGGAGCUGCAUCUUUUACAAGAGCAAAAUGUUUCAAAUGCAUUUUUAGAUAAGGGAGAGUUUUUUAUAGGCUCAAAGUACAAGAAAGUUGUGUAUCGGCAAUAUAAGGAUAGCACAUUCAGAGUUCCAGUGGAGAGAAAAGCUGAAGAAGAACACAUGGGAAUUCUAGGUCCACAACUUCACGCAGAUGUUGGAGAAAGAGUCAAAAUUAUCUUUAAAAACAUGGCCACAAGGUCCUACUCAAUACACGCCCAUGGGGUGAGAACGGAGAGUCCUACAGUUACUCCAACAUUACCAGGUGAAACUCGGACUUACAUAUGGGAAAUCCCAGAAAGAUCUGGAGCUGGAACAGAGGAUUCCGCUUGUAUUCCAUGGAUUUACUAUUCGACUGUGGAUCAAGUUAAGGAUCUCUACAGUGGAUUAAUUGGCCCGCUGAUUGUCUGUCGAAGACACUACAUGAGAGUAUUCAAUCCCCAAAAGAAACUGGAAUUUUCCCUUUUGUUUCUAGUUUUUGAUGAGAAUGAAUCUUGGUACUUAGACGACAACAUCAAGACAUACUCUGCUCACCCUGAGAAAGUAAACAAAGACAGUGAGGAAUUCAUAGAAAGCAACAAAAUGCAUGCUAUUAAUGGAAGAAUGUUUGGAAACCUAAAAGGUCUCACGAUGCACGUGGGCGAUGAAGUCAACUGGUAUCUGAUGGGAAUGGGCAAUGAAAUCGACUUGCACACUGUGCAUUUUCAUGGCCACAGCUUCCGACACAAGGUUCCUUACUCAUGGAUCAACCAAUCAUGGACUGAAAAUAUUUGGAACAAAAAUUCCAAAGUUCCAAAAAGCAAAACUUGAAUUUGCCACACCAAGUACUACACUGAAUCCACUCAAAUGAAGUGAUGUAUAGGUACUGCAUUAGGUAUUAUAAGUAAACUAGAGAUGAUUUAAAGUGUAUGGGAGGAUGUGCAUAGGUUAUAUGGAAAUACUAUACCAUUUUAUAUCAGAGACUUGAGCAUCUGUGGAUUUUGGUAUUCUGGGGUAGGGGAGUGGUCUUGGAACCAAUCCCUAAUGGAUAUCAAGAGAUGACUGUAUAGGACACAGCAAUUUCAAUUAACAUACCAGCCUUUGUUAACACCUUGGGCUCUUCCUUGGAUUUGUAUUUUUUACUGGAUUUUCAUGGAGUUCUGCUCACACAUCCCCUCAAGGCAUUUGAGUGGAACUGCUAGCAGAGAGGGGUAGGAGUGGUCAUGUAAAUGAUGGAUCAGGGUGUAGUGGAGACUCGUGCGAGACUUUAUUAUAACCGUUGCCUGCCUAAGUUCUGUCUUAAAUGGUCUGGGGUAAACAAGAUCAUUGGUCAGGUGACAAGCAACUUGCUGUGGUCCCUCAAUCUCAAUCAUACUUCUAUUCCUUACCCAGCACCGAUUUUAGCAGAAGCCAAUAGCCCUUCUGGCUUUUUUCUUACCUUUGAGCUAAUGCAUAAAAUGCAGAAGUUACAUUGCAGAAAGUCUGUUUCAUUAUCUGCAUUUUGUUUUACAUAGAUAUUAUACUCUUAGUGGAGUUUCAAUUCUAUUCCUGCAGAAAUAUGCCCAACGACUGUUUCCAGCCGAGACUCCACCUGAACUGUCCCUGGUUUUUGGCUUCUCUGUUGGCUUCCUUUUUUGCUCUCUCUAUUACUCUCUUUGCCCUAAAGUUUCACAAUCUAGACUAGGGUAGGUGCAGGCAAAACUGAGGUUAGGGCUGAAAUGGGGCCACAGCUAAGUUUUUUUGUGCAACUCUGUGCUCUGGCAAGCAGGCAAACCAGAGUCGUAGGGUAGGAAGCCACAGGUGAUCCUGACUGAUCAAUUUGCUCAUCACAUCUUUCCUUUACACCCACUUAUGGCCCACAGUGCAGGGCUCUGUAGGAAUACAAGGACCACAUAUCUUACUAUUUGCAUUGAACAUAGAAACAGGCAGGGACCCAUUUUUUAAAAACAGAUUUAUCCAUUUUUCUAAUAUUCCUGAACUGACCAAUGAAAAACUACUUGCACGAA